CCGGGCCGAGGACCGGACGCCAUCGUGGGCUCCCGCUCGCCACCCUGGGCACGAUGGCGGAUGACCAGAACUGUGUUUCAGAGAUGGAAAACGUGGAUCCUUCCGGCAAAGAUGGAGUUGAUGCUAAGCCCGACCGCUCCUCCAUUAUCUCAUCGAUUCUUGGGAAAAAGAAGAAAAAUGCCUCUGCGUGCCCCGUCAGGACCACCCGGGACCGAGUGCCCACAUACCUGUACAGAAUGGAUUUCGAGAAGAUGGGAAAAUGCAUCAUCAUAAACAACAAGAAUUUCGACAAAGUGACAGGUAUGGAUGUCCGGAACGGGACGGACAAAGACGCAGAGGCCCUCUUCAAGUGCUUCCGAAGUCUGGGUUUCGAAGUGAUUGUCUACAAUGACUGCUCUUGUGCAAAGAUGCAAGACCUGCUUAGGAAAGCCUCUGAGGAGGACCACAGCAACUCAGCCUGCUUCGCCUGCGUCCUGCUGAGCCACGGAGAAGAGAAUCUAAUUUACGGGAAGGAUGGCGUGACGCCGAUAAAGGAUCUGACGGCUCAUUUUAGGGGGGAUCGGUGCAAAACCCUGUUAGAGAAACCGAAACUCUUCUUCAUUCAGGCGUGCCGAGGCACGGAGCUCGAUGACGGGGUCCAAGCCGACUCCGGGCCUAUCAACGAAACCGAUGCUAAUCCCCGGUACAAGAUCCCAGUGGAAGCUGACUUUCUCUUCGCCUACUCCACAGUUCCAGGCUAUUACUCAUGGAGGAACCCAGGAAAAGGCUCCUGGUUUGUGCAGGCCCUCUGUUCCAUCCUGGAAGAGCAUGGCAAAGACCUGGAGAUCAUGCAGAUCCUGACCAGAGUGAACGACAGGGUGGCCCGGCACUUCGAGUCCCAGUGUGAUGAUCCCUGCUUCAAUGAGAAGAAACAGAUCCCUUGCAUGGUGUCCAUGCUCACCAAAGAGCUCUACUUUGGCCGUUGACAUCCAUGCCUUCCAGCGGAGAGCCUGCAGCCACUCAUCCAUGAGUCUAGUUGCUAUUUUAUUUUUAUCUUUUUGAUGCUCUCAAAAUAAUCUGGAAAUGUUAAAAAGAGAUUUAAUUUCGGGAAAGUAUAUUGAUUCAGCAGGGAGGAAGUUUCUGGCAAUAUCUGAUAUUCUGGAUUUCUAGACGUUUUUAAAAUAAUUGUCUUCAUUGGA